AUGACGUUAGAAAGGUAUAGAACAGGUGCGCUGAAGCGAGAUGUGUAUGCCAUAGAGGCGAUGCCCGCAUGGUUGAAACAUAUAUUCAGCAACUACUCGUUGGUCACGGCUGGCCGGCCGGGGUUCCGGGCCGACUUCCGGACGAGUCCGCACCGGGUUUACGAGUUACAGCCGUUACAGGAAGUAAUAUGGGAUAUUUCUUUUCGGAGUUGGCGUACAUCAUCUACGCAGUGUCGUCGAAAGACGGCCCCUUACCUUACCCUGGAAUGCCCGUCAAGGAGAUAAAAUCGAACGCGAUAAUUCGUGUAAUUCACUUCUGGAUUGGAUCUGCGUGCGAUUCAACGAUAUCUGGGGCAGCAGCCCUUCGAGCGGCUGAAUUGGAUUCGCAAGUAUCUGCCACGAUUUUAUCAAGAGAAGCGCAAGGACGAGAAAGUCCUAGAUUUCUCGCCUAUUUUCGCCAACACCUUAUUAUCGAGAAUUUUCAUUUCGAAACACCGUCGUGUAAAUUGCACAGAGUAACCGGCUUAGUGAUCCCUAUUCUGACGGAACUUGAAAAAGUUCAUUGGGAUUGUUUCAGUUCGCGGGACGUUAUUCUUGUAGACGUUCUGUCACAGGGUAUCGUAUUCCUUUGGUUGGGAUCGUCAGCAGAUCCCUUGCACAAACGGCACGCAGUCAAUAUCUUAGAAAUGAGAAAAGAGAAUAAUAAUGUUCGUGUCGUCAUCGUGGACGAUGGUUACGAGCAGACAUUGCCGGAAGGAGAUAGACAACUAUUCACCAAUAUUUUAGAUUCUUCGACAAGAGUGGUUAAGCCCGAUCGGCUUUACCGAGUCAACAUGCCAAAUCCAGUCAAAUUAUAUAGAUGUAGUGAACAAUCUGGUAAAUACAAGGUGGCAGAACUGAAAUCUGGACCAAUUCUUCGAACGGAUCUUACGUCCGAAGCUGUUUACUUGAUUGAUCGUGGUGAGGCUGGUGUUUGGGCCUGGGUUGGGCGUAAUGUGAACGCUCGUGAAAAAUUAGAAGCAAUUCGUAACGCGCGAGGAUUCGUAAAAAAGAAAAAUUACAGCAAUGGCGUAUUAGUAGAAAGGGCAUUGGAGGCUUGUGAACCGAUAGAGAUGAAAGCUCUCGUUAGAAAAUGGGAACCGACAAAGACAAGGCCACUUACUCUACCACCGAAUUUUGAUUCCGAUUACAUGAAUGAAAGACCUAAAAUAGCAACCGUGUGUCAAUUAGUUGACGAUGGAUCCGGUCAAAGAACUCUUUGGAGGGUAACCCACAAAGAAGGAAUGAUCCAAGUGGAUGACAAAGGGAUAUACUACGCGGAAACUUGUUAUGUAAUGUGUUACAAAUACGGGCAAGGACGUAGGAGUAAAACAAUCAUUUAUUGUUGGGAAGGAGUUCAUUCUAUAAACACGGAUCGAGAAGCCGCUUUAGAAGCAGCUUGUCGUUUGUCAGACAAUUCCUCUGGUCAAUUAGUAAAAGCAUCUCAAGGUAGAGAACCACCACAUUUGUUGCAAAUUUACGAUGGAAAAUUGAAAAUAUUAACUGGAAAGCACCCUCCGGAAAAAUAUCUCGUUAGAGUUUUCGGAUCUACUCCAUACACGUCGAAAGCAGUUGAACGGCCUUUGAGAUCCAGUAGUCUCGAUUCUAGUGGAGUUUUUAUUCUGUUUUCUAACUCACCUGUAGUAUGGUGUGGUGGAAGAAGUACUGGUGAUGCGAGACAAGCAUCUAGACGUCUCGCGCCCAGAAAUGCACCUUUGAUAACUGAAAAUAACGAAGACGAUGAUUUUUGGAAAGAACUCGGAGGUAAAGGUACUUACGGCACAGAAGUUAUUGAUGAUGGAGAAGAACUUGAGAAACAUUUGUACCAAUGUUUGACGAUCAGUGACACGUUUGUCGGCGAAGAAAUUCUUGGAUUUGGUCAAAAUAGUCUCCUUCCAGAAACGAUUUGGUUAUUAGAUGCUGGAAACGUAAUAUGGAUCUGGAUUGGAAAGUUUUCUAUUCCUAAAUCGUUAAAGGAGUGUGUACAUGAUGCAAUGAUAUUUUUAUUCACUCACCCAACUGGUCGUGAUCGAAAUACAACGAUUUCUGUAAUUAAACAAGGAAUGGAACCUUCGACGUUUAUUGGACUAUUCGAUAAUUGGAACUAUAAUUUAUUGAGAGAAUACAAAUCAUUUGAAACAUUUUGCACGCGUGUGCAAGAUAAGGAAUUCCUACCGAAAAUACAAACGUUAUCGAAAUCAUUAAGCAAUUUUGAUAAUUAUGUGAAGUAUCCCCUUUCUGUCUUGAAAGGUGAUUUGGAAAAUUUGCCAUCCGGUGUCGACGUUGUUCGUAAAGAAAUGCAUCUUACUUUUGAUAAUUUCAUUGCAAUUUUUAAAAUGGAACCAGACGAAUUUGUAAAACUUCCUACUUGGAAAAAACAAAGACUAAAACAAUCGGCAGGACUUUUUUGA